AUGGAAAAUGUAGAAAGAGAUGAAGCAAUUGAAUACCUUAAAAGAAUUGAUUCUAUAGAAUAUGUCGAAAAAGUAACAAUUCCUAGUGAUUUUGUUGCAAUUUCUUUCAAGCGAAUUAAUAAUCCUUAUUUAAAGGAAGUGCAUUUUAGUGACACUCCCAAUUAUUAUGUUGAUAAUAACGUUAUUUAUUCAAAAGAUAAAUUACGACUCAUUGGAUACCCUGGUGGAUUGGAUGCAACAGAAUUCACAAUUCCAGAACAUGCAAUCGAGAUUGAAAGUGAUGCAUUUAGAGGAACUGAAAAACUUGAAAAAAUUAUUGCUCAUAAAGAUGUUAAAUUAACAGAUGGAAUGUUUUCAUUUUGUACUAGCAUUAAAUCCAUUGAAUUCAAACAUGAGAAAAUAACCACGUUUCCUAACCAUUGCUUUGCAUUUUGCAAAAAAUUAAUUACAAUCAAAUUAUCUGAUGCUUCUUUAGUUACUAGCCUUGGAAAAUAUUGCUUUUAUGGUUGCGAAAGUUUACAAGAAUUAACAUUCAAUAAUGAGUUAUAUUUUGUUGAUUGUGGUUGCUUUAUGAAUUGUUUAUCAUUAACAAAUAUAGAUUUAACAAGAGUUUCAGCGAUUUAUAAGCAGUGUUUCAAGUCAACAGCGGAUAAAUUAUAUGUGCAAUUAUCAACACCUCUCAAAAUAAUUGAUGAUGAAGCAUUUAUGGAUUCAGGAAUUAAAGAAUUUCAUUGUCAAGAUAAUCUUGAAAUCAUAAAUAAAAUGGCUUUCUGUAAUUGCUUUUCACUUAAAACAUUCGAAUUCAACGAAAAUAUCAAAAGUAUUGGUUUCAAAACGUUCUCAAAUACAGCCAUCACUGAACUGUUUAUUCCAAAUUCUUUAAUGUUUAUUGAUCUUGCAUGUUUUGUUGGUUCUGAAAUUGAUUUCAAAUUCAGUUCUGAAGGGCAUCCUCUGUUUUACGUUGAAAACGAUUGCUUCAUGAACAUCGCGAAAGGUUUGAUGUUCGUAACCAAAAAUACUGAUAAAUACUUUGAAAUACCAUCAACGGUCAAAUUAAUUGUUGAUGAAUCGUUCCAAAAUAGGAAUAUUUAUAAAGUUGUUGUUGAUCCUUUAAAGUUUGGUGUUGAUAUUAAGAAUUAUAUUCAGAAUUCUAGAAUAUUUUGCGAUAAAGAUGACAUAUACCAAGAUUGCAGAAAUAUUGUAUCAGAUGUAAACAAUCCAGAUAGAUACAACAAAGAAGGAGAGUAUGACCCAACAUACAAAAUAGAUAACAAUAUCUUUGAUGUGAAAAGUGACUGGCCGUAUGUAAGUGAACUUGUAACGGGAUUAAAUGAUCAUAACCUCUUUUUCCAAAACAAAUCCUUGCCAUUUGUAGAUAAUUUUGACAACUUUGGAAACUUACAUGCUGCUUUAAUAGCAAUUAUAGCUAUUGUGAGCACAUUAAUUACUAUUCUUUCAAUAGUAAUUUUAAAUAUGUCUAAAUAA